CCUUGGUGAAAAGCAGCUAUGUGUUGUUGUUUUUAUUAGCCAUUUCGGCUUGAUUGUCGCUGAAAAAUAAAUAGUGUGCAAAAAGUUAGUUGUGUUUAAAUUUUAUUCGGUAAGUAUAAUAUGGAUAAGUAUGCCAUCAAUAACUUGGUGGGAGAAGGCUCAUUCGGAAAGGUAUACAAAGCAAUCAAUAAGGAUACGAAAACGACAGUGGCUCUGAAAAUUAUAAGCAAGCGGGGAAGGUCAGGUAGAGACCUGAAAGGGCUUCGCGGUGAGUGCGAAAUACAACGUAACCUACAACAUCCUAACAUAAUUCGUAUGUUGGACUCCUUCGAAACUGAAAAUGAGAUUAUUGCUGUGACUGAAUUUGCUAGAACGGAUCUACAUAGCCUUCUUCGCGAUGGUUCACUUGGCGAACCAAAAACUCAAAACAUCACAUAUGAUCUGGUGUCAGCUCUCUAUUAUCUGCAUUCGCAUCGAAUUUUACAUAGAGAUUUAAAACCGCAAAAUAUUUUGCUGGAUAGGAAUAUGACGGCCAAACUGUGCGAUUUUGGCUUUGCACGUAACAUGACAAUGGGAACACACGUGCUCACAUCUAUUAAAGGUACACCUUUAUACAUGGCACCUGAACUACUGGAGGCAAAACCAUACGAUCAUCAUGCGGAUUUGUGGUCUCUCGGUUGCAUUAUAUACGAGAUGUUGGCUGGCGAACCACCGUUUAGUUCCACUUCGAUGAUCCAUUUGGUUCGGUUAAUUCGAAAUCAAUACAUAAAAUGGCCAAGUUUCCUCACGGCUAACUGUAUUUCGUUCGUGCAAGGAUUAUUGGAGAGAGAUCCCAGCCAUCGGAUGCCGUGGUCGAAAAUAAUAACGCACCCUUUCGUAAAAGGACACAUCGUAAUUUUAAAAGAGGACAUACCUGAAUCACCUUUCACAAACCCGCUCACGGUGUCACAGAGCAAUGAAAAAAGAAAGCAAACGAACCGUUUGAUGUAUGGAGAUGCUUUUGAUAAUUUGCCUACUAACCAUAAACGACAAGCAACGGUGACAAAAGCAUCUAAUGAAGACGAUUUGGCUUCAUCAAGGGAUAGCAUGAAUGUAAUUCUACAAAGUGACAUGGAAUUUGUGGAAACCGACGUCGAAGAUUGCAUGGUAGGCCCUGCAAGUUCUGUUACAACUUUCCACGAAAAUGAGAAGAACUUUGCAACAGAAUCUGAGCAAGUUAAAAUUAUCAAUCCUGAAUUCUACACCGUGGAAUAUCAUCAUCAUUUAGGUGAAAACGCAGAAUUUGUACAGGAAAAUCCAAAUCUGGUUGUGAAUAAUUAUAACGACAACUUUCCUCUGCUGGAUAAAAGAGGGCAAAAGAUAAUUUCUCCAAAUGAGUUGGCUAAUCGUUUAAAUAGCAUGAAUCUCCAUAAUCAAUCUUUACGAUUUAAAUCACAUGAAUUAGAACGUAGAAAACUUAGCCAAAAUAUUGAUAACUUUUCAAUUAGGUUAGAACUGGAUCGAAACUCGCAAAGUGUCGACAAACGUUCCGUCGAAGAGUUUUCCGAAGUAGAUAAAAAGACUGAAAAGAUAACACCUGCUCUUUUGCCAGGUUGGGAUUCCUGUGACGAAUCGCAGAAUCCACCAAUAGAAAACGAAGAAUGGUUAGUUUUCCUCCAGAAAUCAAUGCAGGAGAUUCUCGACGGUGAGCUUGAUUCACUGAAACAGCAAAACUUCGUUAGUAUUAUUGUGGCACCAUUACGGAACUGUCGAGCAAGUUCUAAAGUGAUUGAAAACGUAGCAUAUUUGCUAGGCCUCCCACUGGCGAUAGAUGCUCCGCCAGCUAUCAUUCAUGAUAUUCUAAGCGUCUAUGCGGAACUUAAGCUAGUUCCCAAUCUCGUAUACGCUUCCAAACUAUUGUGCAAUAAGAAACUGAAUUCAUCAAAUAGUGAGAGUCAAUCAUGUGAUGCACCAGCUAUCCAUUUGACUCGAUCAGACAGCUCCAUCCGACAGCUGUCUUCCCUGGACACCGAUGAGGUGAAAACGUUAACAGCAGUCUACGAUCUUAUUUGCUUUCUGAUACAUUCUGGCGAAAACUUCCUGAACCAGUUUUGUGAUGCCAUUGAAAUUCUUGGAGCGAAGGAACUUUUUGUUAGUUUCAUCAAUGCUGCGCGAACAAAUGAAAGCUACGUUAGAUUAAGCUGCUCGAUUCUAGCCGUGUUGAAUUGUGCUUUGCGAGAGUUGCCUGAAAAUGCAGAGAUCAUUGAACAAAUUGUAUUUCACGAAAACGUGAGUCUACUGCAUAUGUUGAAUCAUGAGGACGCAAUUUUGAGGCACCGAACGUGUAUGCUGCUGCGUAUAUUGGCCAGAUUUAGCUGUUUAGCACUGCAAAAACAUUGGACCAAUGAGAUAAAAGAAUCCGUGGAAUCCCUUCUAGAAGAUCAGACUGUGGAAGUGAAAACGGUAUGUUUGAAAGCUAUAUAUUUUAAAGUCACAGAUAAAACGGUCUUGACCUUUAUUGUACUUCCAGGAAGCCAGAUGUGUGCUUGAUGAGUUCAAGUACCUUUCGUUUAUCGCUGCAGAGACUGCCUAUUGAAUAAAAAAUAUAUUAUUUUUUAACA